GAUUUCCUCACCCUAUAACCGUCAAACGCAACCGGGGCCCAUUCGUUGAGACUAGACUGAAAUUCGGUCGUAACAAGGUUCAGACAGAAGACCGGGAACCGAUGCAGCCGCACGCCAUAUCGUCAUAAGCCUUUCCAGCAAUGUCCCCAUCUGUGGGAGACGCUCCGGCCCCUGGGUUCCCUGCCGUAUCUCAGUCCGCACCAUCUCCCAGUCAGGGAUCUGUAGCAGGAGGUAGCGGAAUACCGGCGGCGAAUGUCAGUUUAGGAAAACCCAAGGACGUAACGUUUGCGAAGUUAUGUGAUCUCAAGUUUCCGCUCGAGGUCAAGAUCGGUUAUCUGGAGGGCAGAGUACCUCGAAGACCUUACAGCGAAAUCCUAGCGAAGCCCGAGACCCGUCAUGCAUAUGCUCAGAUAGACGGAAUCUCAGACUUCUACGUGACAAUACAGCUCUUUACGAGAAAAGGCCGUGCACUGACUUUGCCCAUACGGACAUCAAGCAAAGUCUUCAAGAAGGAUAGAUAUGUCUGGAAUAUGCCCCUUACCUUACCCAUCAACUACCCCUCAUUACCCAUGGAUGCUCGACUUGCGAUUACUCUUUGGGACAUCGAAAAGGCAGGGAAAGGCGUACCUGUUGGAGGAUCUUGUUUGUUCCUCUUCUCGGAUAAAGGGACUUUGAAACGGGGGCAACAACGAUGUUACCUACAUCCCGACGUCGAGGGUGAUCCGUCGGACCACAAUUCUACGCCUAGUGACGUUCACCAAGAAGACGAGUUGGGCCGCCUGUUGAAGCUCGUCAAGGAUUACGAGCAGGGGGACAUGCCGCGUCUAGACUGGUUGGACGUUGUCACUUUUAGACAGAUUGAGAAGGUGCAAGCGCGAGAAAUGGAGAAAUCGAACAAGCUGUUCCUAUACGUGGAUUUGCCCCGAUUUGACUUCCCGGUCGUCUUCGCUGAGCAGGAAGCGACUCUACCUCUGCCUCCCCGCCCUAUCCCUAAUCCCACACUAGCCACAGCUGCGCCAUCACCAUUGCCACCAAACUUCCUUUCUUCAGAUCCUCAUCUAUGGCGUAUAUACGACCCAGAAUCGAUCAGGAUUAUGGCGGAUGUGAACGGGGAGGGAAAUCCGGUCGAAGCAAAGUAUAGGCGGCUGGCGAGAAGUCAUCGCACAGGAAGAGGGGAUCGGGAGUUGAAGCCUGGGCCGGAUAUGCGGGACUUGUUGAAUGACCUGUUCCGCCAACCACCGACCUACGUCUUGUCGCCUGAGGACAAAGACUUGAUCUGGCGCUACAGGUUCUCCUUAAACACCUUCAAGCGCUCAUUGACCAAGUUCUUGAAAUCAGUCACAUGGUCCGACGAUGCGGAAGCUAGACAAGCGGUCGAAGUGCUUUUACCGCUGUGGACGGAAGUGGGAAUAGAUGAUGCGCUAGAACUUCUCGGUCCAGGGUCUGAAGACGGUCGGGUGAGGGCUUUUGCAGUGAAACAGAUGGCCAGAGCAGAUGACGAGGAGCUGCAAUUGUACCUGUUACAACUGGUCCAAGCGCUCAAAUUCGAGGUGAAGCCGUCUUCCUCCAACGGAGAUGCUUCUACAUCAAGUGCUCGACAACGGCGAUCGCGACAUGCUUCUUCCAGCAAAUCUCCAUCGCGAUCUCCGGCUGAGACGGACAGUGGAUUGGCGGACUUUCUCAUCUCUAGAGCCGUGCAGAAUCCGGUUCUAGGUACCGCUCUGCAUUGGUAUCUGAUGGUCGAAACCGAGGAUCGCAUCGUAGGGAAGAUGUUUGCGAGGGUCGCGUUCCAGUUCCAGACAAAACUCAUGGAACGGGAAGAUGGAGCGGCACGGCGUGAAAUGCUCCGCAGGCAGGGGGAAUUGGUCGCCGUUCUUUCAGCCAGGGCGAAAGAAUUGCGAGCUACAAAAGAUCCGAGACCAAAGAAGAUCGACAAGCUUCGACACUACAUCGCUGAUGCCAAACAUGGGCUUUCACCCUUGCCCUCUCCGCUCACGAUCCCGCUUGACCCUCGGGUCGACGUCGUCAAUUUGGUAGCAGAAAACUCUACGGUAUUUAAAUCGAACCUGUUCCCAAUGCUUCUCUGGUUCGAGACAGAAGCGGGGGAAUAUCCGAUCAUGUUCAAGAACGGAGAUGAUCUACGGCAAGACCAGCUCGUUAUCCAGCUGUUCACCCUGAUGGAUCGUCUCUUGCGGAAAGAGAACCUGGACCUCAAACUCAGUCCCUAUGCGGUCUUGGCGACCGGCUCCACCGAAGGCAUGAUUCAGUUCGUCCGGAGCAAGAGUCUAGCUGCGAUCAUGGGAGAAUAUGGAAGCCUUCUGAAUUACCUCAAGGUCGAUCAUGCCAACGAAGGCGCUAUCGGAACCUUUGGCGUAGAGCCGAGCGUAUUGGAUACUUUUGUGAGAAGCUGUGCUGGGUACUCGGUUGUGACCUAUAUCUUGGGAGUGGGCGAUAGACACCUGGAUAAUCUCAUGCUGGCACCCGAUGGUCAUUUCUUCCAUGUCGACUUUGGGUACAUACUGGGACGGGACCCAAAACCAUUCCCUCCACCAGUCAAAGUCUGCCGCGAAAUGGUCGACGCGAUGGGCGGACCGAAUUCACCUCACUACAACCGCUUCAAGAGUCUAUGCUAUACGGCCUUUAUAGGACUCCGCAAAAAUGCCAAUUUGAUCUUGAACCUGAUCGCCCUGAUGGUGGAUGCGAGCAUUCAAGAUAUCCGUCUCGAGCCGGACAAGGCGGUAUUAAAGGUACAAGAGAAAUUCAUGCUGGAUAUACCGGAAGAGGAUGCGAUCAAGCAUCUCGAGGCCCUCCUCAAUGAUACGUCAUACCUCACCCUCAUGUUCGACAAGGUUCACACGCUCGCUCAAUAUCUCAGGGAGUAGCAGAACGCCCUUCUGGCCGUCAGCACCGCGACAAGGAACGUGACAGCCAUACGUCAAGGGAGCAGGGAACAUGUACAAAGAUCGUUGUAUCAUUGUCGAGAUAUACCGAGAGAUAGUUGGUGCCAGAAACAAAAGGGACAUCGAGAUUUGCUUCCGUUCGUUCGGUUGGAGCCGAGCAGCUGAGAAGCAGCAGUGAUCAGUGAUCAUUAGUGAUCGAUCUGGCUUGUUUAGCUUCUCUCUCGGUGUGCU